CCCAUACCCAUCACAAAGCGACUCAUCGCGGGUCCUUGGCCUGCGCCGCUCGCCCGCUCCCAAGCUGAGCCGUCCGCCGCCGCCGCCGCCGCCGCCAUGCUCAGCCAUCUCCAGCAAUCCCUCCGCGCUCUUCACCGCCUACCCGUCACCUGUCGCGCCGCCGGCGAUCCUGUCCCCUUCCACCCGUUCUGGAGUUCACAUAUCGAGCUCAUAGCUGGUCAGUGUAGCAAGCAUACUACUAGAGAUUUCUCCACUAAUAAUAAAGUAAACAGUGGUCGAGUGAAUCAGCAAAAGGAGUUGAAACCAACUACGCCCUCAAAGGAUAAUGACAUAAUAAUUGAUCGCAUACAAAAGAGCACAAGGGAACUGAAACAAGGUCCGAUUGGGAAAAAUCUGUCCUCGGCAGAGAAAAGGAAAUUUCUUAUCAACACUCUCCUUGACCUUGAAGAUUCAAGAGAAGCUGUUUACAGCACCCUCGAUGCUUGGAUUGCGUUUGAGCAGGAUUUUCCUCUGGCCUCGCUAAAGCAAGCACUUUCAGCUCUUGAAAAGGAGGAACAGUGGCAUAGAAUUGUCCAAGUGAUAAAAUGGAUGCUGAGCAAAGGGCAAGGAAAUACAAUGAGAACAUACGAGCUAUUAGUGUGUGCACUUGAGAAGGAUAAUAGAGCAGAGGAAGCACAUAAAAUCUGGCAGAAGAAAAUAGCCCAUGAUCUGCAUUCAGUUCCUUGGCGUUUCUGCCGUCUUAUGUUGGCUAUCUACUACAGAAAUAAUAGGCUAGACAGGCUUGUCAGGCUCUUCAAAGAACUAGAAGCAUGUGGUCGUAAACCUCCAAGCAAAGAUAUUAUACGGAAGAUUGAAGAUGCAUACGAAAUGCUUGGACUACUAGAGGAAAAGAAAGUUCUGCUUGAUAAAUACAAAGAUAUAUACAACAAGCCAUCUAGAGAUGAUCGAAAGAAAGGCUCUAAAUUCAAAAAGACUGAGAUGAACAAAACAUCCGCUGAUGGCAGCAAGCAGAGCAAGAUGGAAACAUCUGAAAAUCUGCCAGAUCACUGUUGCCCUUCAGAUAAGGAAUCAACUGUCACCAUUUAGUCAAGAUAAGAGGCAAGAUAAAGUACUGCAAUCGCUGAGUUUUAAUUUACAAUUAUGUUCGUAGAACCGCUGCUCAAACAUUUGAUCUUCUUUCUUUGUUCUCCUUCCGGAUUCAUUACUGAUCCACUGCCAACGCCAUCAGAUCAGACCUGAACCUGACGCUGCCAGCAUUAGCGAUCAUCAUGCCCUCAGUACUGGUUUGCCCUUAGCAGCUGUCUAGCUGAUGCAGCCAACAGUACUUGCCAACCUAAUUUGAUAACAUGCCAUCUCGUUUAUUUCUGACUUUUCUUUUCCUUGGCUUGCUUAGGCCAAACAUAUCUAUCCCGCUACCAUCAAUAGUUACUCUCGUCUUUGUAUUUGUAGAGAAAACCGAAAUUUUUGGAUUUGUACUAAAAGAGUAUCGGUGCUUCGAUUUCUUCUUGGCAUCAUGUUAUCAUAUCUAGCCCUCUCACGAUGUACCACAAAUUCACAAUUAUCAAAUCUAUACCUUCUGUUUUUUUUUUCA